AUGUGUUUCUCGGUUUUUUUUUUAAUCUCCAGAUGCUACAUUAUCAAGAUAGUUGAUUCGUUAUUUUAUUUUAACUUUUUUUUUCAUCAGAAACUUUUCAUUGUAUCCAUUCCCACGACAAGAAUUGCUGCAAUGAGAGACGUAAGUGACGAAGCGCUACUGGUUGUCCAGUGGCUUGUCUAUGCUGUCGUGUGCCAACUCAUAGAUAUUUUCGGUACCGUCACCAACAUCAUUAAUAUCAUCUGUUUUGUCAAGCAAGGCUUUAAGGAUCCAGUCAACAUUAGUUUGCUGG